AAGACAUACUACUGGAAGAGAGGGACAAACUACUGGAGGAAAAAUAUAAUGAACUAAAAGAGAGGAGACAGGAACUAGAAGAGAAAUAUAAACUACUAGAGGAGAGAGAGAAGCAGUUAAAGGAACGAGACAAACAAGUGGAGGAUGUCAACAAUGAAAAUGCUAAACUGGCUCAACAGAUAUGUGAUGUGAAGACUGAGCUAGAGAGACUGAGAAGAGAGACCUCAGCCCAGAUGACUGAACAUGGAGAGACCUCAUAUACAGGUUCCAUACUCCCAGUCAGGAGGAGACACAGCAUGGAUGGUCCUCCAUAUAUGGGAGGAGAGACCUCCGGUACAGACCCCACACUUCCACUGAGGAGGAGAAACAGCAUGGAGUUAAAUCCUCCUGAAAUGGGAGGAGAGAGCAGCAGUCCAGACUCCCCAGUGUCUCCCAGUGUGUCUGAGCUGAGACUGGUGCUGCUGGGGAGGACUGGGGCUGGGAGGAGUGCAGCAGGAAACACCAUCCUUGGCAGAGAGGAGUUUGGGGCCCAGGCCAGCCCCUCUGCAGUGACCCAGAGGAGUAAGAGGAGAGAGGGGGACGUGUCUGGGAGACGGUUGGUGCUGGUGGACACUCCAGACUGGUUCUGUCCUGGACUCUCUCUGGAUGAGAUGAGACAGGAUGUGGGGCUCUGUGUCCGUCUGUCUGCCCCAGGACCCCACGCCUUCCUCCUGGUCAUACCAGUGGAGCCCUCCAGGGGGGAGGAGAGAGGGGUGCUGGAGAGAAUAGAGGAGAUGUUUGGGGAGGGUUGUUGGGGACACACUGUGAUUCUAUUCACCCAUGCUGAUGGCCUGAAAGAGCAGAGCAUUGAGGAGUUUCUCCAAGCAGGGAGUCAGGACCUCCAGCAGCUUGUAGAGAAAUGUGGAGCAGGUACCACGUCCUCAACAUUAAGGACAGGGCCCAUGGCACUCAGGUCCCAGAGCUGCUGGAGCAGGUAG